UGCGGUUUGGGGAUGGUGGGUUGGGCUGUUCGGGGCGGGGGUCGGCUUCGGCGGAGGCUGCAGUGAGCCGUGGAGGCUUCGGGGCUUGACUGAUUCGUUGCCCGGUAGGCAGGAGGAGGCCAUGCGAAGCCGCCGUUCCCUGUUGCUGGGGCCAGCACGCCUAGGCUUGCGUUUGCUUCUCCUCCUGGGCUAUAGACGCCGAUGCCCACCAUUACUUCGGAACCUUGUACUUCGUUGGCGCUAUGGAAAAGUUUGUAUGCGUUCUCUACUCUACAACUCUUUUGGGGGCAGCGACACUGUCAUCGACUCUGCAUUUGAGCCUGUGUACUGGCUUGUUGACAAUGUGAUCCGCUGGUUUGGUGUGGUCUUUGUGGCCCUGGUGAUUGUGCUGACGAGCUCCAUUGUGGUUAUUGCCUACCUGUGUGUCUUGCCCCUUAUCCUCCAUACCUACUCCGUCCCCCGAAUCUGCUGGCAUUUCGUCUACAGUCACUGGAACCUCAUUCUCAUUGUCUUCCACUACUACCAGGCCAUCACCACACCUCCUGGAUAUCCCCCCCAGGCUAAGACUGACCUUGCCACUGUGUCUAUCUGCAAGAAGUGCAUUUAUCCCAAACCAGCACGGACACACCACUGCAGCAUCUGUAACAGGUGUGUGCUAAAAAUGGAUCAUCACUGCCCUUGGUUGAACAACUGUGUGGGCCACUACAACCACCGGUACUUCUUCUCCUUCUGCUUCUUCAUGACCUUGGGCUGUGUGUACUGCAGCUUUGGCAGCUGGGACAUGUUCCGGGAAGCUUAUGCUGCCCUUGAGAAAAUGAAACAGCUCGACAGGAACAAACUACAGGUGGCUGCCAAUCAGACAUAUCACCAGACCCCACCACCUGCCUUCUCCUUCCGGGAAAGGAUGACUCACAAAAGCCUGGUGUACCUAUGGUUCCUGUGCAGCUCAGUGGCACUGGCCCUAGGGGCUCUGACUGUAUGGCAUGCUGUCCUCAUUAGCCGAGGGGAGACCAGUAUUGAGAGGCACAUCAACAAGAAGGAAAGGCAUCGGCUCUCUGCAAAGGGCAAAGUAUUCAGGAAUCCUUAUAACUAUGGCUGCUUAGACAACUGGAAGGUAUUCCUUGGUGUAAACACAAGAAGGCACUGGCUGACUCGUGUCCUGUUGCCUUCCAGUCAUCUGCCCUAUGGGAAUGGGAUGACCUGGGACCCCCCUCCCUAUGUGAUAACACCCCCAGACUCUGUACUGGCUGUGUGAACUGGGCUAUGGGUACAUACAGCCUCCAAGGCUAGUCCUACCUCCUCUAUGGUCUCAAGGGACUGGAGAUCUCUUUCAACCUAGAACAAGGUUUGGGUAGAUCUCUCUUUGGAACCACAAAACAAAAGAAAUCUAUCACACAGAAUGUUAGGGGAUCAACCUUUGGGCAUUAGAUAGGCAGUGUAACAUGGAAAACUCUAGGGCUAAAGUCCCUUUCACUCAGGCUAACAAGUUCCAGUAUCCAUGUUGCCAGGAUUCUAGAUGGAGGUAGAGCCUGUGCCCAAACUAAAACUGUUAAAAGAGACUCAGAUCUGGGUUAUAGCAUUGGUAUUGUGUACCACCACCCCACCCCCUACCAAAACGUGUGAGAAGAAAAUGGAAAAAGACCUUCGAAGACAGAAGUAGAUCCCUGGGUUCUUAAGAUGAAGGAAAAGGGGGUGAAGGGGUACCAGGGCUUUUACUGAGGUCACUGCCACUUUUCACACUCUGCUUACUGCAGAAAUAAAGGUAUUUCAUUUUGUAAA